AUGUCCUUUUCUAAAAACGCUACUCCCAGGGCCAUUGCUAGUGAAUCAAGCACUUUACAUGAGAUGAAAUUUAGAAAUUUUAGAGUUGCUCAUGAAAAAAUCUCGUUGGAUGUAGAUUUGGCUACUCACUGCAUUACUGGUAGCGCCACUAUAAUUAUCAUUCCGUUAAUUCAAAACCUAGAAUAUGUGACUUUUGAUUGUAAGGAGAUGACUAUCAAAGAUGUUCUGGUUGAAAAUCGUCGAUGUGAUCAAUUUAUUCACGAUGACCCAUUUCAAACAAAAUUGAAUGGAUUGGUCUCACAAAAUGUAUUAUACACCGACAAUUCCAUCGAACAGUCGCACUUUUUGAGGUCUAAAUUUGGUGGUUUAAAUGAAUACCCGGAAUCGGCCUCUAAAUCCCAGUUGACUAUAAAAAUACCUUCCUCUAUUAAAAUAUCUCUAGAAGACGCUAAUGCAUUAAGUAAUUACACUCCAAUUACUCCUUCGAUUAAGACUACUCCAGGGUUCCAAGAAUCUGUUUUCACUCCAAUCACACUGCAAAUCGAAUAUGAGAUCAGAAACCCAAAGUCAGGUAUUAAAUUCGAUACUGUGUAUGCUGAUAAACCAUGGUUGUGGAACGUUUACACUUCGAAUGGUGAGAUUUGUAGUUCCGCAUCGUAUUGGGUCCCAUGUGUUGAUUUGCUCGAUGAAAAAUCUACAUGGGAGAUAGAAUUUAGCAUACCGAAAUUGGUUAAAAACAUAGGGACUUCCAAAUUAAUUGGGCAAAAUGGCGAACAGGGUGAAAAGGAAAAAGAGAAUACGCCUGAGGAUGAUGAAGAAGAAGGAGAGAAGCCUGCAAGAGGUAUUAAAGAAGAGGAGGAUAAGGAUAUAAAUUUGAAAAAUAGCGAAGAAAGCAAAAAUAAUAAAAGUGAAGAAGUACAAGAUGAAGAAGAAGAGGAAGAAGGUGAAAGUGACGAAGAAGAAGAGGAAAGACGAAAUAUUGAAGAAAGCAGUAAUCCGAGCUUGAGGGAUGUGGUAGUGUGUUGUUCAGAAUAUUCCAAUAUUAAAGAACUCCCCCAUCCGAUUGAUUUGACGAAAAAGAAAUGUAUAUUUCAGAUAAUAAAUCCUGUUGCACCUCAUCACAUUGGGUGGGCUAUCGGCGCCUUUAAUUCGUGGUCUUUACCAUUGAUUUCACCUCCAAGCGUCGGUGCUGAAGACGAACUAGAGGAGGAUAAGUUGAGAGAGAGUGUUAUCGACAAUGUUAAUGAUCCUAUGGAUGAUGACCUUAAUUCGGAUAUCAUACCCAUUCAGAUUUUCACCCUUCCAACGCAGGAAAUUGAUGAAGCGACAGUAAUAAAUUCCACCGUCGUUUGCCAAAAAAUUAUAGAUUUUUAUUCGAAAGAAUUUGGUUCGUAUCCUUUUACGUGUUACUCUAUAGUGUUCUUACCAACAGCUCCCUCUAAUCAUAUGGAUUUUGCAGCACUAGGUAUUUGUAAUACUAGAUUGCUUUACCCUCUAGAAGUUAUUGAUAAAAUAUUCAGUACCACGAAUGAUUUUGCAUGGGCACUUGCUAACCAAUGGUCAUGUGUUAAUAUUACGCCUUUAGAUAUGAACGACUAUUGGUGUUGUCUUGGUAUUGCCGGUUAUAUGGUCUUACAAGUAACCAAGAAGUUAAUGGGUAAUAAUGCUUACAGAUAUCAAUUAAAGUGCAAUAGCGAGGCAAUUGUGGAACAAGACUUUGAAAAACCUCCUAUCGGGAGCACUUUUACAGGUAAUUCUAGGCCAAUAUCUUGGUCCUCUGAAGAUCUUUCUUUUAUUCAAUUAAAAGCACCUAUGAUAUUGCACAUUCUUGACAGAAGGAUGACGAAAACUGAGAGAUCUUUUGGUAUGUCUCGUGUCCUACCUAAAAUUUUUCUUCAAGCUAUGUCUGGUGAUUUGCCCAACAAUUCGUUGACAUCAUCACAUUUUCAACAUGUUUGUGAAAGAGUGAACAAAAGCAAACUAGAAAAUUUCUUUAACGAAUGGGUAUAUGGGUCUGGUGUACCCAUAUUACGCGUUACGCAAAGAUUCAAUAGGAAAAGGAUGGUUAUAGAAUUGGGCAUAAGGCAAGUCCAAGAUGAAGAACUAGGCCAUGGAAAAGUAGUGGGCGAGCAAGGAUUUUUCAAAAGUGCAUUGGACAGGUUAGAACAUCCAAAUUUGAAUCGAACUGAAUGCUUUACGGGCUCUAUGACUAUAAGGAUCCAUGAACAUGAUGGUACUCCGUAUGAGCAUAUUGUAGAAAUCAAAGAUACAUUCACAAAAAUAGACAUUCAAUACAAUACCAAGUACAGAAGACUAAGAAAAAGAGGUGGUGGUGCGAAUGAAGAGAAUGGUCCCGAAAACAGCAACGAAGAGAAACCUACCGUUGUGGAUGUGAAUUGUCUUGGAAAUGUAUACAUGUCACCUGAAGAGUGUUCCCGAUUUCAUUUGACGGAAUUUAAUCGCACUUCCGAAAGUAAUGAAUUGCUUAAACAAAAUGAAGCAUUUGAGUGGAUUCGCAUAGACUCCGAUCUUGAAUGGAUUUGUAAAAUGCACAUUAAUCAGCCUGAUUAUAUGUUUUCUUCUCAGUUAAGGCAAGAUGGUGACAUAGACGCGCAACUAGAAGCAAUCCGUUAUUAUGAGGACGUUGUUGUUAAUGGCAGUUCCAAAUCACUUGUUUACUCAAGUAUUUUGUUUAGAACCGCAAUGGACGAACGGUACUAUUUCGGCAUAAGGCUCGCGGCGUGCGAAGCGCUUAGUAGAAACAUAUAUGAUCCAACUUUUACUGGCGGUGUAAAACAUUUAAUUCAAAUUUUCCAGAUUUUAUUUUGCCUCGAAGGUUCAAAUAUCCCAAAAAGUAAUAUUUUCGAUAAUUCUACGUUGUAUUUUUUACAGCGUAGUAUACCAAAAUAUUUGGUUAAAGUGAGAAAUGAAAAUGGUAAAUGUCCGAAAUUGGUAAAGGAGUUUCUGUUGGAUAUUCUUAUUUAUAAUGAGAAUGGUGAAAAUAAGUACAGUGACAAUGCUUAUGUUUGUGGGCUGAUUGAAAACGUUGUUGAAGUGGCCGUAAAUGAUUCCAAAGAUGUAGCAUAUGUGGAUAAGGUGAAGACGCAGUUAUUCAGGUACGAAAAUUUGGUGAAUUGGCUUUCAUCAUAUGAGUCUUUGAUUAAGACUUCUAUCAUGUUUGCUAAGUACAAGUUACAUAAGGUGGGCGCGUAUGAAUUUAGCGAAUUGCUUGAAAUGAUAUUUGACACAUUAUCAUUGGGUAACAAUAACGCUGAUGUUGCGAGGGAGAGCUUUCAGAAUGAAUAUUUAAUGGUAUUGAAAAUCAUGCUUUUGGAAGGGGGUUUAAAAAACAAGGAAGCCCUUGUUUUGUUUACUGAAAUAUUGUGUUUUCAUGAGGAUUCAUAUAUUAGGGAUAAGAGUAUUGAUGUGCUUGCUGGUUGUGUAAAUGUAGACGUUAUGGAUGGAAGUCUGGAUACAAUAAGUGACGAUGUUAAGUCCUCCGUCCAACUAGUGCAUAGUGAGGUUGAAAAUAUAAAAAGUGAAGAUGAUAUUGAGCUAUUUUUAAGUGGUCAUUACGUCGAUGAUAUGAAAAUAAAAAGAGAAAAGAUUGGCCGCCAAAAUAUUAAUGGUUUAAUACAAAUUUGUCGAGAUAUGUUUAAAGGGUAUGCCCCUUUAAAGAUAUUGCUCUGGGAUGUUUUGAAGUUACCCAUUCUUAGCUUGUAUCAGAGGAAGCAGAUACAUGACUUGGUUAGGGUGAUGUAUACCCUAACCAACAGUUUUGUAGUUAAAUUAGAAACACCAAGGGAGAGAAGACUUGUGGCGAAAAUGAAUGGUAAUGGAGAAGAUAGACUGGAUAUUGUCAUUAAGCGUGAAAGCAUACUGAAAGUGCACAUCAAGAAAGAGGUAACGUCUAUUAAUGAAGCGCCAAAGAAAGUGAAUAAGAUAAAGAUAAGCCUGAAAGGUGAUAAACCUGUGAGGAAAGUAGAGAAACCAAUAAGUAAACCGAAGGUAACAAAUAAACAAAGGAAAGUAAAAAGCCACGUAAACCGUAUGGGUAGUUUACCAUUACGGUUUGUUAAGAUUCAACAAGAACCUAGAGGGACGGUGUCUUUGUCCUCCGUCCCAUAUAGCCAAUUCGUUCAAAUUACAAAAGUCACAUCAAGGUCAUUUAUGGUUAAGAUAAAAACAAAGCCUCAAGCUAAGAAUUAUUAUGCUAGUUUGUUUACAUCCCAAUAA